CAAGUGUCUGCACCAGUUCGACACCUGCGUUCGUAGCGUGAACAACUCACGGCUCCUAGUCUGAACCUUUGUUUAGUCAUCAACGAAGGAGCUGGAGAGAUGAUGUCUACAGUGCCCUUCGUUAUAGUGGCUACCGUGACAGUUAUAGUGGCUACAGUGUCCGGCAAAGAAUCGUCACGGCAUGAAAUUCUGCGCGGGCAUCAGAUAUGGCAGCUAUCAAACGAUGUAGGCGAUGUGCCCCUGGAGGUCAUGCAGAAAGGACUCCUGGAUGUUCUGGGACAUUUUGGGACUUCCAAGAAGGUCCGCGUUCCCUUCCAUUGCCUUGAGGAAGCUCAGAGGCUCCUGCAGGAGAAGGGCGUGUCUCGCGAGAUCCUAGUUGAGGACCUGGCCACUUUCUUAGAGGACCAUGAACGUCUGUCCAAACGGUCGGCAACCAUGAAAAGCGAUGCGUACAACUGCUCGCAGCCCCGCCAUGACGACUACAUGACCUUCGAAGAGAUGGAAUGUUUCCUCAAGCGACUGAGCGAGGACAAUCCCCGCGCCAGCCUCACGUCCAUCGGGAAAUCCUUCGAGAACCGAGACCUCUGGAUGGUGCACGUCCGCCCCAACGACCCCAGUGACUCCGAGGAAGCCGGCGCCGUCUGGAUCGAGGCAGGCAUACACGCCCGAGAGUGGAUUUCCCCCGCAGUGGCUCUGCACAUCCUGAAGGAGCUGGUGCAGGAUAACGGCAGCAUUGGUAACUUCGACGUGUACGUGGUCCCGAUGGCCAAUCCCGACGGCUACAACUACAGCUUUACUUCCGACCGGCUGUGGCGGAAGAACCGACGCAUUACGUCUCAACCAGGCUGCGGGGGCGUCGACCUCAACCGCAACUGGGAUUUCCACUACGGCGUGGGCGCUUCGGAAAACGAAUGCAGCGAGGUGUACCGGGGCUCAGAACCCUUCUCGGAGCCAGAGACAAAAGCCCUGCGAGACGCCAUGACAAAGGUGAAGGACCAGCUGAAGGUGGUGAUGUCCCUGCACAGCUACGGCCAGCAGCUGCUCUACCCGUGGGGCUACACCAAGCACAAAACUGCGCCGGACACCAGUGACCUGAUUGCGAGGGGCAAGGUCUUCGCCGACGCUGCAAAAAGCGUCCACAACACGGUCUACAAGGUGGUCAACUCCGCGGGAGACCUAUACAAGGCCUCAGGGGCCACGGACGACUGGGCUAAGGGCGUCCUUGGGGUCAAGUACACGUACACGCUUGAAUUAAGAGACGAAGGAAUGUCUGGGUUUAACCUCGAUCCGAGCCACAUUGUUCCCUGCAGCGAGGAGGUGUGGGAAGGCCUCAAGGCUCUUCUCUAUGAAAUCUCCAAGGAAUAAAACUACUUGAACUUCUC